AUGGCGAAGGAGGGACCGAACCAGGCUUGCGCCGCCUGCAGGUUCCAGCGCCGCAAGUGCGGCGCCGAGUGCCAGUUCGCCCCCUACUUCCCCGCAGACCAGCCCAAGCUUUUCGAGAACGCCCACAGCCUCUUCGGCGUCAGCAACAUUCUCAAGAUCCUCUCCAGCAUCGAUCCUUCUCUGCGAUCCGAAGCCAUGCGCUCCAUCAUCUACGAGUCCAACAUUCGCGCCCGCUUCCCCGUCGACGGCUGCGCAGGCGCCAUCCGCCAUCUCUUUAACCAACUCUGCACCGCACAGAUGGAGCUCGCUUCCCUCACCGAACAGAUCGUUUCGUGCCACCGCUCGGAGAACGGCGCCUUCCCCGCCGGCGACGUCGGCGACGGCGGCGAUGGCGGUGGCGGCGGCGCAGCCAUGUCUAUGCUGAGGAAGGAGAUAGCUGUCUUCUCUCAGAAUAUCCAUGAUGGGCAGUUGCACCUUGCCUCCCAGCAGCCCUGCGAAAACAAGUAA